AUGAAUCCAAUAACAAAUGCUAAGAACCAGAAUUUAAUGAAUGAGAAGGAGUUGUUCCUCGGUCAUACGGGGACAGUAAGCAGUUGGCACAGACAGUAUAAAGAUUCAGCUUGGGUCUAUGUUGGCGGCCUGCAUUAUGAUCUUACUGAAGGCGAUGUUAUAUGCGUAUUUUCUCAGUAUGGAGAGAUUGUAAAUAUUAAUUUGGUUCGGGACAAAAAGACAGGAGUGUCAAAGGGCUUUGCAUUUUUGUGUUAUGAGGAUCAGAGAAGUACUGUGCUAGCCACAGAUAAUUUGAAUGGGAUAAAACUGGCCGGUAGAACAAUUCGUGUGGACCAUGUGGAGAAAUAUCGCGUACCGAAAGAAGGAACGCUUGACGUUCGACAUUCGGAUAAGAAAGCUGAAUUUCGGCGACCGACAGAUUCGGUCUCUGAGUUUGUCAAAGAGCACGGGUGUGGUCCUGAAGUUAUGAAGCAGCUUAAAAAAAUCCAGCAGGAACAAAAGGAGGAGGAGAAAAAGCGUCUUGAAGCGAUUCAAAGGAGAAACGAUGAGCGGAUGAGACAUCAAUGUAAUCGAGAUUCAAGGUCAAGAAAUGCUCGACAACAAAGACGCGGGGAAGAGAGAGAGCCAAGGUCUAGAGAGAACAGAGAACCACAUUCGGAGACAAAAAAGGAGUAUUCCAGUAGGAGGGAUUCCCCGAUGCGCAUGCGUAACCCAAGUCCUUCCCCACCACGUAAAGUUCCAGUUAAAGUUGAGCCUCCUAGUCCACCGAGAGUUAGACACUUAGUCAGACAAUAA